UGCCGCUCUCUCACAUUCUGAUCUUUCUCUUGUAUAGAGAGAAGACUGUGAAAAAAAAUAAAAACAUGAAUUUCAAAGUUGUGAUCUUCACCCUCUCACUCUCAACAACUUUAGCAUACCCUUUACAAAAUGAGUCCAGAGGAGCAGCCUGGGCUGAUACAAAGACCAACCAGGCUCAUGACAAGGCCGACCAGACUAAAGACAUGGAUAAAAUCUACAAGAGCAUCAUUGACAACAGUGCUCUUUAUAACCAUGAGGGCGAUGACACCAAAAAUCCUGUGGCAGAGGAAAUGCAGCAGAAACUGACCAUGGAGUCAGAGCGUCUCCGUGCACGUCUCCGCCAAGAGCUGGCUGAGCUGCGGGAAAGGUUGUCCCCAUCUCCAGCUCAUCUCAGUGCCACGUUGGCUAGCAUAAGGGAGCGCUUAACUCCUCUGACUCAACAGCUCCAAAGCUCUCUUAGCAGCAACGCCCAAGAUCUCUGCACCCAGCUCAGUUUGUAUCUGCAGGGCCAGGAAAUGAUGGAGACUCAAGCAGAGGCCAGCCCAGCUCUCCACCAGGAAGCUUUCCAGUGGCUCAGCCAAACCUUGAAGCGCAACAGCCUUCAUUUGGCCAACAUGAUAAGUGAAUUUCGUGCAGCUGCCACUGGCGUGAUAGAGGAUUUGAAACAAGGAGGUAGUCCUGAGGAAGAUGCAGAUAAUUCAAAGAUGUGGCAAGACGUGACCUCUCGUCUGGAACAGGAAGUGAGUUCCCUAAAGGAGGAGGCACAGAAAAGAGUGGAGAUUCUAAACGCACAGCUUGCAGCACUGCAGGAAUCUGUUAAGCCCCAUACAGCUGAAGUGAAAGGUGCUGUGGAACGAUUCUGUGAGAACACAGCCCAGCAGAGUCAAGAGCUUCAGGCCUGGAUGGAGAGACUGUUUAAAGCAUUGGAGGAGGAACUCCAUGCAACCUCAAGUAUGUAUUUUCCAUUGCCCAUGCAACACGACAGCUCUUUCCAGGGGGACUUUUCUGUGAAGCUGUCUGCUCUGAUCCAGGACAUUCUGCACUCUGUGCAGUGACAGAAACACACACUGAAGAAAUGAAGUUUCAACUCCUCUCAAAUCACUUCAUUGACUCAUCUUACCUGUAUUCUUGAAUUCUGCUUUUUUUAUAACUUUAACAUAAGAGCAAGCUGAGUGUAAAUAUUUAUAGAUAUGCAAAAGAUAUUUCUGAAUGUUGGUUUUUCGUUCUGCAUGAUUGAGGAUUUGUGUCUGUUUUAAUGUUAAAACGGUGCUAACUUCUAUAUGUAAAGGGUUGUUAUUUUUGAUGCAGCCACAUAAAAGUUAUUUUUCAUCAAUUUAUUUCCAUGAAUAUAUUUUAUAUAAACGAGACAACAAUGCAAAACGGAAAGAAUACUUUUUAUUAAUCUUUAUUAUAGACAGACACUGAAUGUUUAUAUUAGCUCAGAAUUUCUUUCAGUGAAAUCUGAAUAUCUGUACAUAGUAUUGUAAAUAAGCAGUUUGACAAAUAUAAGUUUUACUAAUGUAACUUGUACUUUUUAAAACAGUGCAAACAAUAAAGCUAUUUUCCAAAACUA